GAUCAGCUGACUGCAGCAGGUCGCUGUCAGAGCCGCAGCUAUCCGGAUAAAAACAGGCCGCGGAGGGAGAAAUUCAGCAGAAGAGCGUUUCAGCGGAAGGAUAUGUUCCAGUAGACUCCGGGUUCUGACAGACCAGCAUCAUGUCGGGGAACAGCCUGGUAUUACCCAUAGUGCUGUGGGGCCGCACGGCGCCGACUCACUGCAUCAGCAGCCUGCUGGUGAUGGACGACUUCAGCACCAUCAUCACCGGCUGCCAUGACGGUCAGAUCUGCCUGUGGGACAUGACGCCCGAGCUGGAGAUCUGUCCCAGAGCCAUGCUGUUUGGUCACACGGCCUCCAUCACCUGUCUGUCUAAAGCCAGCGCCUGCAGUGACAAGCAGUACAUCGUCAGCGCCUCGGAGAGCGGGGAGAUGUGUCUCUGGGAUGUGAAUGAUGGACGUUGUAUUGAGUUCACCAAGCUGGCCUGUGCCCACACUGGCAUACAGUUCUACCAGUUCACCAUCGGGACGCAGAGGGAGGGCCGUCUGCUCUGUAAUGGCCAUUACCCAGAAAUCCUUGUGGUGGACGCCACCAGCCUGGAGGUGCUGUACUCGCUGGUGUCCAAGAUCUCGCCUGAUUGGAUCAGCUCCAUGAGCAUCAUCCGCUCGCACCGCACGCAAGAGGACACGGUGGUUGCCGUGUCAGUCACUGGUAUUUUGAAGGUCUGGAUCAUCACAGCUGAGGUCAGCAGGAUGCAGGACCUAGACCCAGUUUUUGAGGAGGAGUCCAAACCGAUUUACUGCCAGGGCUGCCAGAGCAUCUCCUUCUGCACCUUCACGCAGAGCAGCCUGCUGGUGGUCUGCUCCAAGUACUGGAGGGUGUUCGAUGCAGGUGACUACUCGCUGCUCUGCUCGGUGCCCAGUGAGAACGACCAGGCGUGGACCGGAGGAGAAUUCAUCGCCGCAGACAAAGUCAUCAUCUGGACCGAAGACGGCUGCAGCUUCAUCUACAAACUCCCUGCCAGCUGCCUGCCUGCCAGCGAGCACUUCCGCAGCGAUGUCGGGAAAACCAAAGAAGGCUCGAUCCCUCCGCUGGUGUACAGCAUCGCCGACCGCACCGACAAACAGACGGAGGGGGGAGGAGGUGAGGAGGAGGAGGAGGAGGUUGUGGAGGUGAUGUGCCUCCCUGCCAGCGGGUGCGACUUGGAGCUUUACACCCCAGAGCUGCAAUACCACCACCGGCCUCUAGAGGCGCCACUCCUCAUCUGUCCUCCUGUGACUCGCUUCUUCUACGGCCGCCGCGAGCCGUUCCACAAGCUGCUGAUCCAGGGUGACUCUGCCGGCCGCCUGUCGCUGUGGAGCGUCCCGGACGCCUCACCGCCACCGCAGGCCACGGCCACAGAGCUGCAGGUUUCGUCCAGCAUCAGCCUGCAGGAGGCGUUUGAUAAGCUGACCCCCGUGUCUGCAGGCAUCAUCGACCAGCUGAGCGUCAUGCCGGGAGGCGAAGAGCCCAUCAAGGUGACGGCGAGCGUCUACAUCCCGUCCCAGGGCCGGCUGGUGUGCGGGCGCGAGGACGGCAGCAUCAUCCUGGUCCCGGCCACGCAGACGGCCAUCGUGCAGCUGCUGCAGGGCGAGCACAUGCUGAGGAGGGGCUGGCCUCCUCACCGGACGCUGCGAGGUCACCGUAACAAGGUGACGUGCGUGCUCUACCCGUACCAGGUGUCUCCUCGGUACGAUCAGCGCUCGCUGGUGUCGGGCGGCGUCGACUUCUCCGUCAUCGUGUGGGACAUCUUCACCGGCGAGAUGAAGCACAUCUUCUGCGUCCACGGCGGCGAGAUCACGCAGCUCAUCGUGCCGCCGGAGAACUGCAGCACCCGGGUGCAGCACUGCGUCUGCUCGGUGGCCAGCGACCACUCCGUCGGCCUGCUCAGUCUGAGGGAGAGGAAGUGCAUCAUGCUGGCGUCCCGACACCUCUUCCCCAUCCACGUCAUCAAGUGGCGGCCGGCCGACGACUACCUGGUGGUGGGCUGCUCCGACGGCUCGGUGUACGUCUGGCAGAUGGACACAGGCGCCCUGGACCGCUGCGUGAUGGGGAUCACGGCGGUGGAGAUCCUGAACGCCUGCGACGAGCUGGCGCCGGCCACCGUGGACGCCCUGAGCCACUCGGCCGUCAACCUGAAGCAGGCCAUGACGCGCCGCAGCCUGGCGGCGCUCAAGAACAUGGCCCAGCACAAGCUGCAGACGCUCGCCACCAACCUGCUGGCCGCCGACAACGCCGACAAGCUGUACCACCUCCACGCAGUACCACCUCCACGCAGUACCACCUCCACGCAGUACCACCUCCAUGCAGUACCACCACCACGCAGUACCACCUCCACGCAGUACCACCUCCACGCAGUACCACCUCCAUGCAGUACCACCUCCAUGCGGGUGGGAGCUGGGGGCGUCGCUGUCCCAGGCGGCGGGGGCGUGUUCAGGCGGCGUCGGCUCACCCCCCCCUCCCCCCCGGGCGGUCCCCCCAUGGCGCUCUCAGACACCAGAGGGUUAUCUGGCCUCAUGGUGGUGUUGUUGAUGUGCUGUGGGAAUUUCAGCUGCUUCUCCAAGUCCACUGAGAGCUGCCAAUCUUGGGCCAUGGCCCCGCCCCCUGCUGCUCUCCUGCCCCGCCCCCGGCUGCUCUCCCGCCCCGCCCCCGGCUGCUCUCCUGUCUUUAUAAAAUCAGUUGUGCGGUUGGUGUGGUGCUCUCGGCUGCAGCUGCUGAUUCCUUUGCUGAGGCUCCUUCAACUGGUUUCUGCUUGUGGCUCCAGGCCUCCUGCUGCCUCCAGCCGACCGUCCUGCCUCACCUCCCUUCCUCCUCUGCUGCACCUCCUCCUGAAUCUGCCUCCGCUUCUCCCUCCCCUUGUACUCCUCGCCCUCUCUACCGUGGGCCACGACGCCCACUCGGUCUUUGUGGUGCAGCCGGGACUCCACAUCCAGCACCUCAGACUGGGCCGCCUGCGGCACAUGAAGAAGGCACCGGCCAGGCCUCCCAGACCAGGAACCCCGGAGACUCCUCGCCGGACGUCGGCGGCCCCUCAGCCCUCCAGCCCGGCGCUGCAGGCCCAGAUCAAACAAGCUUCUGUAGCUGCUGCAGCCAACACUGCCACCACCGCCGGGACCCCGGGGGCCCCUGGGGGGCUCUCUCAGGGGGCCCCUGGCUCCCCCGGCCCCGGCCCUGCUUCUCAUAACAUCCCCUCAGUCAACGAAGGGUGGAGCCAGCUGGCUGCCAUGCACUGUGUGAUGCUGCCUGACCUGCUGGGCCUGGACAAGUUCAGACCUCCUCUACUGGAGAUGUUGGCCAGGAGGUGGCAGGACCGCUGCCUGGAGGUACGAGAGGCCGCACAAGCUCUGUUAUUGGCUGAGCUGAGGAGGAUCGGCCAAUCAGGGCGCAAGGACACCAUCGACAUGUGGGCUCCGUACCUGCCUCAGUACGUGGACACCGUCAGCUCCCCUGGGACGUCCACAGAGCCCGCCCCACCGGCCCCGCCCACAGCUGAGCCUCAGCCAAUAGAAACCAAGGCUCCUGAGGAGGAAAUGGAUGUCACUGAUGAUGACAUCACCGCAGGCUGCCUGUCUAACCUUCCUCCCAACGCCAAGAAGAUCUCCAACUCGUACGAGGAGCGGAGGAAACAGGCCACCGCCAUCGUGCUGCUUGGCGUCAUCGGGGCCGAGUUCGGCGCCGAGAUUGAGCCUCCAAAGGGCGCGGCCCGGGCUCGGACCGGCGGCCAGGUGCCCGAGGGCUUCGGCCCGACCAGUGGCGGGUCGUCCAACUACUCCCUGGCCAGACACACAUGUAAGGCGCUGACCUUCCUGCUGCUGCAGCCUCCCAGCCCCAAGCUGCCCCCCCACAGCACCAUCCGCCGCACCGCCAUCGACCUGAUUGGCCGAGGCUUCACCGUCUGGGAGCCAUAUAUGGACGUGUCGGCGGUGCUCAUGGGACUGCUGGAGCUGUGUGCCGACGCCGAGAAGCAGCUGGCCAAUAUCACGAUGGGUUUGCCCCUCAACCCUCCCGCAGAUUCGGCUCGCUCGGCCCGCCACGCCCUCUCUCUCAUCGCCACCGCCCGGCCGCCCGCCUUCAUCACCACCAUCGCCCGAGAGGUUCACCGCUACAACGCGGCGCAGGCCAACUCGCAGUCGCAGCAGAACGUGCACACCACCACGCUGGCCCGGGCCAAGACCGAGAUCCUGCGCGUCAUCGACAUCCUCAUCGAGAAGAUGCCCGGAGACGUGGUGGACCUGCUGGUGGAGGUGAUGGACAUCAUCAUGUACUGUAUCGAAGGCUCUCUGGUUAAGAAGAAGGGCCUGCAGGAGUGUUUCCCUGCCAUCUGCAAGUUCUACAUGGUUGGUUACUGUGACCGCAGUCACCGCAUCGCCGUCGGAGCCCGUCAGGGUUCGGUCGCCCUCUACGAUGUGCGCACGGGGAAAUGCCAGAACAUUCACGGUCAUAAGGGUCCCAUCACCGCAGUGUCGUUCGCCCCUGAUGGCCGUUACUUAGCAACGUACUCCAACGCCGAUAGCCACAUCUCCUUUUGGCAGAUGAACACCAGUCUGCUGGGCAGUAUCGGGAUGUUAAACUCCGCCCCCCAGCUGCGCUGCAUCAAGACCUACCAGGUUCCCCCGGUGCAGCCGGCCUCUCCGGGCUCCCAGAACCACCUGAAGCUGGCCCGCCUCAUCUGGACCUCCAACCGCAACGUCAUCCUGAUGGCCCACGACGGCAAGGAGCACCGCUUCAUGGUCUAACAAGCCCCUCCCCCCGCCGCCGCCUCCCCCUCACACCUGCUCCUGUUUUAGGUUUCUGCUCCCGGGCCGAGCUGCUGAGUCCAACAAAAUCCAGGUUUUUGAAAAUGUAACAUCAGUUGAGGCUUUUAAAGUGAAAGUUUGCUGACGGCUGUGAAGGUUUUGGCGUGAAAAGCGUGAAGAGUGUUCAGGUGCAGAGUGCGAGGCGGCGAGGCUGCAGCUCGGCCUGGAAACGUCACGUUCUCCUCCCACAGUGAUCGUUGUUAGGAUUGUCACUCUGUAGCUGCGGCGCUAAUCUGCUCGUUUACAUCACUUCCUGUUGGAUUGUUGUUGUUGUUGUUGUUGUUGUUGAUGUUGAUGUUGAUUCAAGUUUGUUUACAGCUUUUUAGUCAUUCCUAUUUAUUAGCUGCUGCUCUUACUCAGUCAGCAUCUCAGCAUGAAAACACCCUGUCAUGACCACAGUGUGUUGGGCUUUCUCAACCAGUGAUUGUAAAUUUUAUUAUUAGUAUUAUUAUUAUCAUCAUUAUUAUUGAAUCAAAUCAGCUGCUCAUCUGUUUCUGAACCAUGUUGGCACGAGUGAAACAACCGAUUAUAACCAAUUCCUUUCUUUUUCAAUUUUAUUUAAUUUUCUUUUUUUAAGUCUUUUGCUGGAAUGAACUGUUGUUAGGUGAUCACUGUUUGUUGUUAUUAUUGAUAUGAAAUUGCAACAAAACACCCCCCCCACACACACACACCCCACCCCCCAAGCCCUCGGUGCCCCUCGACCCCGACAAGAGCAAGUACACACUUUUCACUUAGAAGUGUGUGUGUGUGUGUGUGUGUGUGUGUCGGUUUAUGCUUUCACUUUUUGGCACCUUAAAAGCUUUCCAUCCUCACCGAGCUUCACACAGAAGAGUGUGUGUGUGUGUGUGUGUGUGUGUGUGUUUACACCCAAGUGUAUUUUCACCGUUAAACAUACACAUUCUCACUUCAGACUCCUCCUCCUCCUAAAAGCCUUGCAGCUCUCAGACGCUGUCCUGCUCUGAAGCCGCUGAUGUGCUGCCAAGCUAAACGCCCAGAAAAAAAAAAAAAAAACAGCGAGCAAAAAUUAAAGAAAAUGAAAAAUUAAAAGUAUUUUAUUGUUUUUUAUUUUGUUGUUUUUUUUCCCAUGUUUGAAGUUGAUAAUGUUACCACGGGUUGUGCACAAAGACGUUUCUUGGUUAUGGAACGGCAGCCUCCAUGUAAAACACCACAGGGAAACACCAAACAGCUAUCAGCUGGCAGAGGGUCAGCGGUUACUUAGCAACAAGAGCCAACAUGGCCGUCGGUGAAAACCCAUCCAAACCAAGGAUUCCUGAUCUUAACACCAGAAUCACACUGUGGAGAGGGUUUAUGAGCACCAGGAUAGGACCCCACCGUUACUAAUAUAAUUAUUUUCAUGUUCAGAUGUUGAACCUGAAACCAGGUUGAAACCAGAUUCAUAUUAAAAAAAUGUGGACGUACGGGCAGCUUGGAGGAUGGCACAUCCAACAGGUGUCGCGAUCAGCAGCCGGGACAGUGUAGUGUUAGUGUGAAGAAACAAAUGUGUCAUUGAAAAACGUCUGAUUAGCAUUUCCUAUAAAAGUGACGUCACAUAUCAGGCUGGAGGAGCUGGAUGUGUCCGGCAGAUCCUCGUUUCUCUUUUCUUAUUUCCGUCUCUGCCGUCGGGAGUGGAGGACGGAGAGAUCGCACGGUGUCAGACGCACCUAAAGAUGAAGGUUUGCAUCUGAAACGAUGAUGAAAACCGUGUCGUUGGGGGUUUAUCUCACUGGGUCGUUGGUAACAGGCACGCCUCUCCUUUCCAAUCAGAGAUGAUUCACCCAAGUCAAUGGGACAAGAUCAUUGGUCAGAAUUCAGCCAAUCACAGCAGGUUAAGUGAAUGAAUCAUAAAGCAACAACAGCAGCUUUUUAAACCGGCCAAAUUCUUAAUAUUUUAGUUUAUUGACACUGUAAAAGUCAAGUGUAAAAUCAUGAUCAUCCCCAUCAAAUCAAAUUUAACCUCCGGGGGAACAAGAGCAGUGCUAGACCUCAGGAAUCGGGACCACAUCAUUUUUUAAAAAUGUGGAGGCGAGGGCUGGAUCCAGACCAGCAUCACUUUCACUUUCUGGAGCUUCUUUGACUGAAGGUAGAGCAGAGCGAGGUGUCUCCUCCAAGGCGUCCUGGGACGAUCCCCUUCUGGGUUCAGCCUCUACAGCCACGGUGGUCCCACCACCACUGUUCCUUCAAGUUUCAGAUGCUGCUUCCACUUCCUUGCUCAUCCCUGUGAGGAGCCUCCUCAUCCUCCUCGUCCUCCUCGAGUACCUGCAGGUGCUCCUCUGACUUCCUGAGACUGGCAGGUCGCCCUGAUGCCUUGCCAUCUGCUGCUUUGACCUCGUCUGGUUCUGCUGGUCCUCCUGAAAGCUGCAGCUCUCUGAUCCGAAUUUAUGAUUUCUCAACAAAACUCAACCGUCAAAAGUUCAGUUUAUAAAGCUCACAUUCGUCUUACUGUAUAAUUCAUAGACGUGUGAAGAAUUUGAGCUUUUUUUUAUUAUAAAGUUACAGACCCAGUUUUUUGCCACUGGAUCAGAGGUGACUGGUAUUUUUGGAACAUGUGUUUACGAUCAAGGAUUCAGACUUUAUUUAUCAUUGAAGGCAGCACAUGCCGAGCACUGCCUACAAAAAAUGAUGCAUCAUGGGUGAAGUGACCCAGAACCUCCUCUCUUGAAGCAGAAUCUUGGUCCCAGUUGCUCAUCUGGCCUCUGAGACUCUGCUGUGGUCUUUAAGGUUGUCCAGGAAAGUCCCUGGUGCCGGCCGGUCACCAGCUCCGUCACACACUCUGCUGAUGUUGGCGCAUCGAUCGUUACCCGGCAGGACUAAUUUUUCUUGCCUCAUAUCACUGAAGGUUUUCCACAUUUAGCAGUGAGAUGACACAGAUUAGUCUGAUGCCAGUGGGGUUCUGCUCUUUAGGCAUGAUGCAACCUCCAAGCAACCAGCCGGCCUUCUGUGAGUUUUUUUUUUUUUUUUUCUUCCAUGACGCUUUCAGCUUUUACAAAAAGUGACUCGCUUUGCCAGGUGGGCCACAGCUCUGAGAAACAAGACGGUUCUCCUGGUUUUUGCUGAGUUGUGGCAUCAUACCCAUCUCCUCCUCACCACAGAUCCUGGGACAGCUUCCCCUCAGGUGGUUUGAGAUGUAGAGGAAGAAGACCCUCUGUCAACUGUUGGUUUCUGUCUUUACAGUGUUCUUCAUCUCAACACCAGGUCUUAAUUUGGUCUCUGAGAAGAGAAUGUCUUCAGCUAAUUUCUCUUCCUCAGUAGAAGUACAGGAAGAAGACCCUCUGUCAACUGUUUGUCUCUGUCUUUAUGAAGUCCUUCAUCCCAGCACCAGAUCUUGAGUCGCUCCGUUUCCACAGGAAAUCCAAGCUUCCCAGUCAUUGUCUAUGUAAGCAGCCCUGCAGUGCAUUCUGGUAGUGCUUGCGCUGCAUUUUGAGAGACGGGGUUCCUCCUCAUUUGCAUAAAAUUGAGGUCUAAGCUGCUUUAUGCAAGUUAGGGGCGGCCAGCUCCAACUUGCUGGAAACUCCUGAGAAACUUUUAAACUUUUAAAGUAACUGUGGUGGAUCUGAAGUAACAACAGAAUCUGCAGCUGUAGAGUUCAUUUCUGCCUUAAAUGUUUUCACAUAUAAAAUGUAGAAAGUUACCAAAAGAGCCACCAAAGUUGGUCCAGUUUGAAAUCUGGGGAGAGGACGGCCCACUAGUGAAGCGUUCGUCCAGUCAGGUUCAGCCAGGAAGUGUUUGUGCGAUUAUAGGAGAGAGCCGCUGUCAAUCAUCACGAGUGGCCACACCCACAAGCGUCGACAAGAGGAGGAGCUCCUCCCUCGUUCUGGAUCUCGCUCCGGACGUGAAUGCGGUCUGGUUGCGUCGCUCGUCCGCUGUGGUUUUGGCCGUAGUUUCUGUCGCGUUCGCAUCGUGUCGCUCGGUGUCCUGCCUCGUUCCUCCAGGUUGUCCUCCUCCCACGCUGCUCCCAUCUGCUCUUCAGGGCCAUCUCUAGAUGUAAAUGUGCAUAUAUAUAUGUGUAUACACAGAUAUAGAUCUAUUGACAUCAUCAUUAAAGCUGUGUAAUGUAGCCUUGGUGUUGAUCUUGUACAGUGCUUGUCUGUCCUGUGUGCUGUAUUUAUUAUGGCUAGCUGUUUAGGUGAGUGAGUUGCUUGAUGAAGUAGAAGAAAAUUAAACUUUGACAUGUUGA